AUGAAACCUUUUAUUGUACUCGUAUUCUGCUGUAGUUUUUUCUCUAGCAGAGCCACCCCUCUUCCAUUUGAGUUUUUGGACUGUGAUGACCCUGAUGUCUUUAAAGCUGUCGACACAGCACUGAAGAAAUACAAUGGAGACACAGCAACUGGUAAUCAGUUUGCUCUAUACAUGGUGAUGGAAGCCAAGAGAACUGCAGGUCCCGACACACAACUCGAUGUGAAAUAUCGAAUACAUGAAACCAUCUGUGCCAUUGAGGAAAACAAACUUUGGCAAGACUGUGAUUACAAAGUACCCGCAGAGGCUAAAAUGGGAGAAUGCACAGCUCAAGUUCACAUGAAUAACGCUGAAAAAACGAGUAAUGUUUCACAAGAUUGCAAAAUUUUUCCAGCUACGCCAAAGAUAACACUUACUGAGGGUAUCUGUACUGGAUGCUUCCAUCCUAUAUCAAGUGACAGUUCAAAAGUGUCAGAAAUUCUGAAACAAGCUAUUCAAAAGUUUAACAAGCACAGUGCUGAACCUGCCCUUUUUAAGCUUAUGGAAAUAAAAGAAGCUAAAGUACAGGUGGUAGCUGGAUGGAAUUACAUAAUUAAAUAUGAAAUCCAGGAGACUAAUUGCUCCAAAGACCAAUUUGAAGAUUUAACUCCAGAGUGCAAACCCACUUCUAGACAUCGUGUAGGUAAAUGUGAUGCCAAAGCAUAUGAGAAUAUUCAUGGGCACAUUCUAGAUACUGCAAGCCAAUGCAAGCUUCCAGUUGAAGAGACGGUAAUUCCUGCCAUUCGCACUGGUUGUCCAAAGACUAUCCCAAAAGACAGUCCAGAACUGAAGGAACUACUGAAGGUUUCUAUGGAGAAGUAUAACUCGGAGAGCAAUGAUGAUUUCUACUAUAAAGCUGGAGAAAUACGAGCAGCGACAGUUCAGGUGGUUGCCGGACAAAACUACCGUGUAAAAUUUGCAAUCCAGAAGACAAACUGCUCAAAGAAAGAGUUCGAAAAACUUAAUGAAGACUGUGAAGCCACAUCAGACAGUGCAUCAUUGCCAUGUGAAGCACAAAUUCAUGUGAUCCCAUGGGAGAAUAAAAUCUUUCCACAAGUUAACUGCUCUAAAGAACGGUCAAUGGACGUACUUAUAAGAAGACCUCCUGGAUUCACACCUUUCCGAAGCGCUGCUAGGCCAGACCAGCCUAAUGGAAUUUCAUGCUCUGAUACAAAUGAAGAAGAAAGGCAAAGACCUGGCGAAGAAAUGAGAAAAGAUGGUGGACAGGAACCAGAAGGUGAAGGUGAACCUGAGCACAAACACAGGCAUAAACACGGGCAUAAACACAGACAUGGAUACAAAAAGGAUCAUGAGUAUGACAAAAGGCAUAGGCAUAAAAAUGGUUGUGGGCACAGAAAUGGCCACGGGUGUGGGCAUAAAAAACACAGUAAAAAUGGUAAACAUAAACUUCCAGACCUCAGAUCUUCUGAGGAGUCCAAUGAAAGGGGUUUUAAUCAAAACAAAACCCUCCCACCAUCCAGUGCUGAAACAGCAUCAGAGCUAGUUAAUCCAGGGGUUGCAAGAAAGGAAACCAGUACAUCUGCAGAAUCACUAAUUACUCCUGAUACUUCUUUAUUUAAUGGGUUGCCAGAUCACGCAGGAUCUCCUCGCCCCAGAUGUCCUGGAAAACCAUGGAAACAAAUUAUGGACCUUCCAGCUUCUUCUAGCUUCCCCAGAGAUUUCACAAAUGAGGACCUCUUGCCUUCCGCAGUAGAAAACAUCAGUCCACCAACAGAAAACUCAACACUUCCCCAAAACAAAGAGAAAGACCUUGAUCUCUCAGAUGCUUUACCAUAA